UUAGUGGCUUAGUAUGCCUGCUGUAUGGUUUGGUGUAUGGAGCGGCUGAGUGCUCGUGACGGGUUUACACAGUGAAGUCUCGCGAGGAUUAAAUAGGCUUGGCGAUACGUUCAUCGACUGGAAACGCAAAACGCGAGCUACGUGAUCUCUAUACCGUUUCCGGAUCGCGCGCGAGGCCGCACAAAUGGUGCGACUGCUGCGUAACACAUAUGCCAGACUGUUGAGAUCCUGUGAGAAGGUCUCCUAAGGGGAGCGCCUUUGACGGUUUCGGUGCGGGUGCGAAACGCAAGGUUCCGCGGGCGAUUAUUGCCAGGCUUGGAAUGGCGGAGAAUCAGGGCAAUUCGUCCGGUCAGACCGGCCAAGGUUCUGGCAGAUCUUUCAACUUUCCGCGAAUGGAUUUUCGAACAAAUAAUGACGUUCAGAAUGAAAUGUCAGAGAGGCGAAGACAGCUGAAACUUAGUUUCCAAACACAGGGCAAUAAUUUGUCAUUCACCAAUUCUACAAAUUCUUCGUUAUCAAAUUCAACAGGAGCCACUGCGUGUCCACCAAUAUCCUCUCGCCCAAGUCUGCCUUUAUCUCUACCUAAGCUGCCAGUCAGACCUCGCAAUAUGUUACAGCAACAAGAAUUUCUUCCUGAUAAGGCAAGAGACAAACUACGAAUGUGCCAGUCUAUGCAGUCUACUGGUAAAUUGCAAUUAUCUACAGACGUAGUGUACGAUUUCACAAGUGAGGAUCUUCAGGAUCUUGGGGAAAUAGGGAGAGGAGGAUUUGGAACUGUAAAUAAGAUGAUUCAUAGGAUAAGCAAUACUGUUAUGGCUGUGAAGAGAAUUCGCUCUACUGUGGACGAAAGAGAACAAAAGCAACUGUUAAUGGAUUUAGAAGUUGUAAUGAAGUCGAAUGAGUGCCCAUGUAUUGUGCAAUUUUAUGGGGCUUUAUUUAAAGAGGGAGAUUGUUGGAUUUGCAUGGAACUUAUGGAUACGUCGUUAGAUAAGUUUUACAAGUUCAUAUAUGAGAAAUUAAACGAAAGGAUACCAGAAUGUAUUCUAGGAAAAAUCACAGUGGCCACUGUCAAGGCAUUGAAUUACCUCAAAGAAAAGCUAAGAAUAAUUCAUAGGGAUGUGAAACCUAGUAAUAUUUUGUUGGAUCGCCGAGGUAAUAUAAAAUUGUGCGAUUUUGGUAUAUCUGGUCAGCUUGUGGAUUCGAUUGCGAGAACUCGAGAUGCUGGUUGUAGACCAUAUAUGGCUCCGGAAAGGAUAGACCCGCAACGCGCACGUGGCUACGAUGUGCGAAGUGACGUGUGGUCGUUAGGUAUUACACUGAUGGAGGUUGCUACAGGGUAUUUCCCAUACCCGAAGUGGAACUCCGUCUUUGAACAACUUUAUCAAGUAGUGCAAGGUGAUCCGCCGCGACUUUCCCCCAAUGAGAAUGGCAAUCACUUUACUAUGGACUUCGUGAACUUUGUGAAUACAUGCUUAAUUAAGGAAGAGACACAGCGACCGAAGUACAAUAAACUGCUGGAACAUCCUUUCAUCAGACAAGCUGAGGAAGCGACGAUCGAUGUCGCAGCAUACAUCAGUGGUGUUCUAGACAAUAUGGCCAAUAAUGGAGUGACACCGUUUACUACCAAUCAACCAUAAAAAUCGGUAAUUAAAGCGACAGUAAAGUAAAGGGGCGAUAACGGGCAUGUCGCACAGUACCUCGAUUUUUGCAGUUUCCUGUUCUGACUUUCACCUUUCGAGUACCAUGUACAAAUGAUGUUAUCGCAUUCCCAACGAUCUAGCGUAGAGAGCGAAACCGACGUUUUUUGGUCGACGUCUUAUUUGACAUUUGUACUCUUGUGGUCAUGGAAUGAUCCUAUACACAAUAGAACGAAUAUCGAGAUGUAUGUCGGCGAGCUGGUGUCCGUAAAGUAUCGAAUGGCGAUCGGUACACGCGUACGUCUUUUUCUUCUCUUGUUCCAUCAUUUUCCUUUCUUGUGUCGUUCUCUCUUUCUCUCUUCAAAUAUAAUCCUAGAUACAGGUCGCGCCCCGACAGCGUUUCCCUCGGUUUAUGUAAUUGUUGUAAUAGCGCGAUUUAUCCAAUAAGAAUUCCAACGUAUCAUACGUAUGCGUAUGCAUGUACGUAUGCACAUAGGUAUGCGGAUAUAUGUGUAUAUAUUUCGUACCUGUACCUGUACAAUGAGCUAUAAUUCGUGGUACGAACGAAAAGAAAAUGAUUCAUAUAAAGAAAUUGAAAAAUAUGAAAGUUUUGUGAACAAGGUCUUUUUUUAGAAAAUGUAGAUAUAAAAAUUUAUCAAAUGUCUAUUUCAUUAUUAUUUCUAUUUGUGCUAUCUAGUAUUCGUAAGUGUUUCUAAGAUUUAUGUCUUACAUCGAUUUAAAUUCUAAGUUUCAUCGCGAUGAGAGAUGUAGGUAAUAAAAUAUGCGAAUGCUAAAUCGCUUCGUAUCAGAAACUUGCGAUGACAAUACUUGUAUUACAAGUGGACAAAAACAAUUUCCUGAUCGCUGACUAUCAUCAAGAGAAACCAAUCAAUAAAGCUGAUUUCUUUUCGAAAACGGCGCUCGUCAAAAGUGUUUUAUCAUCUUUUUUCUAAUUUAUUUCUGCACUAAUAAUCGCCCUCUUUUUCGGUUGCGUCACGAAUUAUUGUUUAUUCUGUACAUACGCAUAAUUGUAUCUUGCCUAAAGUCCUGAUUUCCACGAUCUUUUGUAAGGAGCGUUACAGGAGUGCUCGGUGGAAUAGUCAAGAUAUCGAGGAUACAUCCACACAUUGGCCGUUUUUUGAGGAUUUUCUUAGAACAGAUUUAAAUACGAGUAUCAAAUGCUAGGAGUGCUGUAAUGUAAUGAAAAUAAAUCAUCGACACUCGCAAGCCUC